AUUCAGAUUCUUCUCAUAAUAUCAUUCCAAUUUUGGCUUUUCUCUCAAGUCUACUCCUUUUCACCAAGUUGACUUUUCUUUAUAAGUAACUAUGGCAGCACACAAGCUUGUGGUAGCAUCACUUCUUCUAUGCUGUUUAUCUGAACUUUGUUAUGGAAAGGAUCUCUUUUCUUCCUUGAAAAGAACCCUUGAUGUCACAGCUUCCCCUAAGCAUGGACAAGUUCUGUUAUCUGGAGUAGACAAAAUCAGUGGGACAUGGGCUCUAAACAAGACCUUCCCAGCUGGAACAGACUCUUCAUACAAAACCAUAAAGCUGAAGUUGUGCUACGCGGCCAUAAGCCAAAAAGACCGCGCUUGGAGAAAGACAGAGGAUGAACUCUCUAGGGACAAAACUUGCCAACACAAAAUGUUAGCCAUGCCAUACAAUGCUUCCAACAAAACGGUCCAAACCUUCGAGUGGUUGAUUCAGCGCGACGUGCCUCAGGCAACGUACUUUGUACGCGCCUAUGCAUUUGAUUCCAACGAUAAGGAAGUGGCUUAUGGCCAAACCACGAACGCGGGUAAGAGUACCAACUUGUUUGAGAUCAAUGCAAUCAGUGGCCGCCACGCGACACUUGAUAUCUGCUCCGUUGUCUUCAGUGCUUUCUCGGUUGUGUCCCUAGGUGUGUUCUUCUAUAUUGAAAAGAGGAAGGGAAAGUCACCAAAGCAGUGAUUGAAUUUGAGUGACAUAGGAAACUUCGUGGCUUGUAACAAAAAAAAAAAAAUGAAACUUCAUUGCAGAUAACUUUUAAUGUUUUAUGCUUUAUUUCAUAACCAUGAAUAAAUCUCGAGGAUCAUGUUUUUCACCUUUCAAAGUAAGUUUCAAA